AUGAGUGCCUUGGCCUUGAACGAGGCCGCGAAGGUACAUGCACCACCACCACCAGGAGCACCAUACAGUCUACCCUUGUCUGGCUCCCAGCAGCCUGGUAGGAGUCCAGUCUACCGGCAUUGGAGACGACAGGAUGGCUUGCUGCACACCCUCGAUCCUGCCGUGACCACGAUCCACGAGCUCUUCGAGCAGAGCGCGAAGAUUAGACCGAAUAGACGGUGCCUCGGACAUCGACCUUAUGAUCCUACUACCAAGAUCUAUGGCGGCUAUGUCUGGCAGACGUACGGCGAGGUGCAGAAGAGGAGAGCCAAUUUCGGAGCGGGUCUUGUGACAUUGUUGGAGCGGAUGGGGAUCAAUGGUACACAGCAUGGUGUUGGUCUGUGGUGUCAGAAUCGACCGGAGUGGCAGAUUUGCGAUCUAGGAUGUGUGUCGCAGUCGCUGUACACUGUCUCGAUAUAUGAUACACUAGGGCCUGAUACGACGGAGUAUAUCAUCAAUCACGCGGAGUUGACUUCAGUCUGCGCUUCGAUCAAUCAUAUUCCGACGCUCCUGAAGCUGGCCCCGAGAUGUCCUUCGUUGAAGAUCAUCGUUUGUUUGGAUCCGCUGUCCAAUGGAGAAGAGCUGGCUGGGACGUCGAAGAAGGAUUUGUUGAAUGCUAUUGCUGCGCAGCAUGGUAUUCAGAUACACUACAUUGAGGAUGUGGAGGCUUUGGGCGAGGCAACACCGCGACCGUAUCACGCUCCGCGACCGCAGGAUAUUGUGACGAUCAACUACACUUCUGGUACUACUGGUAAUCCCAAGGGCGUCCUUCUCACCCACGCAAAUGCUGUCUCUGCCGUAUCUGCUGUUAUGACGGUCACCAAGCUCGGCCAAAACGAUGUCAUGUGCUCGUAUCUACCGCUUGCCCACAUCUACGAGCGUGUAACCGAACAGACUAGUUUAUGGGCGGGUACAUCGAUCGGCUACUUCCACGGCAGCAUCAUUGAAUUGGUGGAGGAUAUCAAGCUCCUACGGCCAACACUUUUCAAUAGUGUCCCGCGACUGUUCAAUCGCUUCGGUGGUGCGAUCAAGGCUCAGACGAUAGAGGCGCCAGGUUUCAAGGGCUCUUUAUCCCGUCAUAUCGUGCAGACGAAGCUCGCGAACCUCAAGAAUGCCGAACCCGGCAAGGCUACCAACCGCCACUUCCUCUACGAUCGCAUAUGGGCGAAGAAGGUCAGCGCCGCGCUAGGUAUGGACAGGACGAGAUUCAUGCUUUCUGGCUCUGCGCCUAUCGAUCCCGCACUCCAUCAAUUCUUGCGCGUCGUCUUCUCGAACCACUUCGCUCAGGGGUAUGGCUUGACGGAGACUUACGCGAUAGCUUCAUCACAAGGACCAACUGAUUUCGCUUCAGGUAGCACUGGUGGCGUGGCGCCUUGCGUCGAGCUGUGCUUACAAGAUGUGCCGGAUAUGGACUACUUGUCAUCGGAUAAACCGCACCCGCGUGGUGAGCUACUAGUUCGUGGGCCGAAUGUGUUCAAGGAGUACUAUAAGAAUGAAGCGGAUACGAAGAAAGCUUUCACCGAAGAUGGGUGGUUCCGUACGGGCGAUAUUUGCGCUAUUGAUGAGCAAGGUGGUUUCAGGAUUGUCGAUCGGGUGAAGAAUGUGCUCAAGCUUGCACAGGGCGAAUACAUCUCCCCGGAGCGGAUAGAGAAUGUGUAUCUCGGAAAUCUGCCCUGGCUCGCACAAGCAUAUGUGCACGGCGAUAGCACGCAGUCGAAUCUCGUCGCUAUCUUCGGUAUACAGGCGGAUCUAUUCGCGGGGUUUGUGAGUAAAGUCCUCGGCAAGCAGAUCGAUGCAGCGGAUAUCAAGGCGUUGGAGGCGGCGGCGGCAGAGGAUAAGGUGCGGAAGGCGGUGUUGAAGGAGAUGGAGAGGACGGGGAAGAAAGCCAAGUUUAAUAGCUAUGAGCAUGUUAAGGCGGUGCGGCUGCUGAAUGAGCCGUUUUCGAUUGAGAAUGAGCUGUUGACUCCCACUCUCAAGCUGAAGAGGCCGCAGACGGCGAAGAAGUUUCGGGCUAUGUUGGAUGAGAUGUAUGCGGAGGUCAACAGCCAGAGCGUACCGAGGGCGAAGUUGUAG